AUGUGUUUUCCUAAAACGUAUAAGCCUAAAACUGUAGUCAAGAAAAGCGACCAUCCGCCAAGGUUUCGUACGAAGGAGGCCGCUCCACAACCCAGCAACAAAACACCGCCGGGGCUGUUCGCCACGGCCAAGCCCGACAAACAGCCGAAGCACAGCGCCGAGGGGCAGCGGAUCCUGCGGAAGAAGGGCAAGAAGGCCAGCAACAACAAGGUUGAUCGCAGCGACGCUGCCAUGCAACGCAAGAAAAGUGAGUUAAGGCUGUUUUUAAGUGUUAGAGGUGGUAUUACCUUGUUUUUUCGAAGCUUUGUCAUAGCCAGGUUUAGUCUAAACUUAAUACUAAAACUUGAGCCUAAUAAGUGUAAGAAAAGUCAACAAUUCUUAAACUUGAGCUUAGGAUACGUAAUUUUAAGCCUUCUAAGCCUAAAUAUACUAGGGUUAUUGAGCCUACUAUGUCUAUGCCUAUUAAGCUAAAGCCUAGCUAUUUCAAGGCUUUUAAACUUAAGCCUUGCAAGCCUAAGCCUUUUAAGCCUAAGUUUUCUAAGCCUAAGCCUUCUAAACCUAAGCUUUCUAAGCCUACGCUUUCUAUGCCUAAGCCUUCUAAGCCUAAGCCUUCGACGCCUAAGGCUUCUAAGCCAACGCUUACAAAACCUACGUUUACUACGCCCUAGCUCAGCUUACGUCUUCUAAGCGUAAGCCUUCUACAGCUAAGCCUUCUAAGCUUAAGACUACUAAGUCUGACACUACUAAGCCUAAAAUUAAGGUAGAGCUAAGACUUAUACAAUUUUAAGUUUUUAGGUUUGUUUUUAAACAUAAAAUUUAAUUUUUUAGGAAAGCACGUAAAGAAGCCGCCUCCCCAGUUCGAUCCUCAAAAAAUGCCAGAUCCGGUGAGUUUGGUCGAUUCCCGUGGCCAUCGCCGACGACCGAUGACAGCUACACACGCUUCAACCCUGACCACCAGUAUCGAGCACGACGACACGCUAACGGACCCGGAAUUCAGCCAAAGCCGCUUCACUGGACGAGAGAAGAAAGACGAUCGUGUAGAGCCACUCAAAGACAACAAAGAAGACAAAUCUUCCUACUUGUAA